AUGGCCGAGGAUGACAGGAUUAGCAGAUUGCCGGAUGUCCUCCUCUCCUUAAUCUUAUCGUUUUUGUCAACCAAAGAAGCAGUUGCUACGAGCACAUUAUCAAAAAGGUGGGAAUCCAUUUGGACUAAAGUCCCUGCGCUAAACUUUUCAUUUAAUUCAUCAGGUUCUGUCCAUGACUUCAAAGCGUUUGUGGAUAGAGUCUUGCUCUGUUAUGAUUCGAGUUCAUUAAGGCUUUUUAAGCUUUCUGGCUUAUCAAAGAAACAAAUCAAGGACUACCAUUAUCAUUCAUGGAUUAAGAAUAUAUUGCGACGGGAUGUUGAUGAGAUAGAUCUUGUACAUGUCGGGGUAAUACUACCAGCUGGGACUUUUUCGAGUAAGAAACUUACGGUGCUGAAGUUGUUUGGGUUAAUAACCCCAUUUCGGGGUUCAGUUCAUCUACCAAGUCUUUUGAUUCUGCACUUAAAAUUCAUUGGAUUUACUGACGAUUUGCCCUUGAAAAAUAUCUUGAUGAGCUUACCUCUGCUUGAAGAAUUGGUUUUAUUUGAGUGCUUGGGAGCACGAAAUAUGUGUAUCUGUUCUUCUUCUCUAAAGAGAUUGGAAAUCAUUGAGCAAAUGGUGUUUCGAGAAGAAGAAGAGAAUAUAAUAGAUUGUCCAAGACUAGAAUACCUUCAGAUUUAUAAUGGCCAAUUUUCUAAGUAUGCAUAUGAAGAUAUGCCUGCUUUGACUGAAGCUAGAGUUCAUGUCGGACUUGGCUCUAAGGAACGCUAUGAUGUUGAACUGAUUAGCCUCCUUAAACAUGCUCCUAACCUCAAGACUUUGAAAUUAGAUAUUGCAACGAAAAAGCCUGCUCCUGGGUAUACUGAGCGUGAUCGAGGCCCCUUGUUUCCAAACUUGAGCCAUGUGAUCGUGGACUAUGACUUUAGUUCAACCAACUGCUCAAACUUUUCAUGGCGAUAUCUUGUGCUAUGGAUAUUGCAAUGUGCUCCUAAUGUCGUCUCUUUUGAUUUCUCGAGUGAAGCUGGCAAAAGCAAAAAUAUACGUUUGGGAGGAUUUCUAACACUCCUAGGUCAGCUAGAGCUAGAGGAAUUCCUUCCCCAGCUACCAACACCUUCAACUUUACCCAAAUGUAUGUUUCCAACCCUCAAAGUUGUGAACGCCACCUUGUUGGAUGUCGCCGAUGCUGAUAAAAUACUGCUGGAAUAUCUGUUGAACAAUGCUGUAAACUUGAAGAUGGUCAGAAUCAAUUUCAAGGGUAGUAAGGUUGAUGAGAACAACAAGAAUGAAAUAAUUGGAUGGCUAAACGAGGUUCACAGGGCCUCAUCCGAGUGUAAACUAAUAGUUUCUCCUCCUUAA